CUGCAGUGUGAGCUCCUCCCGGGCUCCGCUGAGCUCAGACCUCUGCAGCAGCGUGAUGCCGGGGAAGGCACAGGACUGCAGAUGUGCAAAACCUCUUAGAGGAAGGCGGCGUGCGCCGAGCCUCAGCAGAUGGUACAGCAAAACCACCAGAAAGCAGAAAGAGGUGGGGAAGCCCACUUGCCUGGGGGCUGCUGAUGCGGACAGGCAGAAGGGCUGCGCAAUGGGACGGCUGUCGUGUGGUGGGUGGACACCUUUCCUAGAAAGGGCUGAGUGGAAAUGGGAAACUUCCCUGUUUCCUGCAGCACCGCGUUCUGAGUGACGAAGCAGGCUGUGCUGUGGAAACCCUGCUCCCGUCCCUUUGCCACAUUCCAAGUGCAAAUGCAGGAGCUGCUUCGCUCCGUGAGCUCUCGGCAUGGAGCGCGUGGACGCGUGCAGCCCUCAGAGCGCGCUGAGGAAGGACCUGAGCAUGAGUGCAUGCAGGGAGCACAGGGAGCAGCACAGCGAUCCGAGAGCACGAGGAGGAGGAGGGUCUGACUGUCAGCACGUCACUGGGCUCUUGCUGAGGUGCAGGAAGUAUAAAAGGCCGUUUCCCGAAGAGGGGCUCAGGCAGCAGCUGGCGCACACCCAGGCUGCGCUGUGCAGACGAUGCUCUCAGCAGCACCGUGACUUUGGCUGUUAGAAACAAGACCAUGGACGGCGGUAAACAGCUGAAGGUCACCCUUGCUUUCAGCCUUCCUCUAAUUUUUCAGUUCUGUGCUGGGAACAACGUCACUGACGACUACGACGCCAACACCACCAUUGACUACAACAUGUUUGAGAUCCUGUGUGAGAAGAAGGAAGUCCGUGAUUUCCGUGCCGCCUUCCUCCCAGCCAUGUACUCCCUCAUCUGCUUCACGGGGCUGCUGGGAAACGGGCUGGUGAUGCUCACCUACAUCUACUUCAAGCGGCUAAAGACCAUGACAGACAUCUACUUGCUGAACCUGGCCCUGGCAGACAUCCUGUUCCUGCUGACCCUCCCAUUUUGGGCCACGAGUGCAGCCACGUUCUGGUGUUUUGGAGAAUUUGCCUGCAAAGCAGUCUACUGCAUCUGCAAAAUGAGCUUCUUCAGCGGGAUGCUGCUCCUGCUGUCCAUCAGCAUCGACAGGUACUUCGCCAUUGUUCAGGCUGCCUCGGCCCACCGCUUCCGCCCCCGAAUGAUAUUCAUUAGCAAAGUCACGUGCAUCCUCAUUUGGCUCCUGGCCUUCGUUCUCUCAAUCCCCGAGCUGGUUCACAGCGGUGUAAAUAACUACGACAGCCACCCCCGGUGCUCCAUCAUUGCUAACGACUUGCAGACUUUCAACACUGGCAUCAAAGUGUCCCAGAUGGUUUUUGGCUUCUUGAUUCCCCUGGCGGUCAUGUCUGUCUGCUACCUCAUCAUUAUCAAAACGUUACUCCAGGCCCGAAACUUCGAGAAGAACAAAGCCAUCAAGGUGAUCAUUGCGGUGGUCAUCGUCUUCGUCGUCUUCCAGCUGCCCUACAAUGGCGUCAUGCUGGCCAAGACCAUCUCAGUCUUCAACAACACCAGCUCAUGCGAGCAGAGCAAGAAGCUUGACAUGGCAGAUGAUGUGACCUACACUCUAGCCUGCUUCCGAUGCUGCCUCAAUCCCUUCCUCUACGCCUUCAUAGGCGUCAAAUUCCGCAACGACCUCUUCAAGCUCCUGAAGGAGCUGGGCUGCCUGAGCCAGGAGCGCCUCUGGCAGCUGUCGUCCUGCCGUGAGAGCAAGAGGUUCUCCUUUGCCAUGGAGACAGAGACAACCACCACCUUCUCCCCAUGAGGAGAGCUCCAGGAAGGCUGAAGGCUGGUGUCGUUUUGUACACUGCCUCUACUUCGAGUUACUGAUAAAGACUUGCCAUUACUUUAGGGAGGGCAGCUGCAAAAGGAAGACCAAAGAACCUCUCCAUAUCACAGCCAACGAGCUUUGCUAUCCAGUGUUUUCACGGAUGGAGAGACUUCAGUAAAAACUAUGACUCACAGUGAAGUAAGGGAGAGGUUCAGUGAGUUCAGAGUUCAUCAUGCCAUUUCACCCCUAUUUCCUAGCCAAAAUCAGAAAUGCUCGGAAUGGUUCAUUUCAUUGAAAGCAACAAAUAGCAAGAGAAGCGGACACAGGUGCUACAGAAUUACCAGUUUAGAGCUGGAUUUCCAAGAGCACCGCCCUUGCUUUGCAUGUUGCAUUUGACACAACUCCCUACUGCUCUUCCACACACACACAAACGAUGCUCACUGCGCAGAACAGCACCAGCAGCCUCAAGCUCCCGAUGCAAUACAGCACGCAGUGUAAGCUGUGAGGUGUCCCAGCAGGCAACUCUCAGCUCUGCCUUCCUCCAGGAACAGUGAGAAACUUGCAUAACAAAAACUAAAUUCACUCAUAUGAUGUGUAUUCAAUAACUGCAUGUUAUUGUGGCAUCUCAGGUUUGUCCACUUCACUUCUGCCUGCAGCAACAACGUCUGGUGCUUCAGCUUCUAGGGAGCUCUGCUUACUGCCUCCCAGUGUUCACUUGCAUUCUUUGGGAAUGCUGCUUCAGUUUGGCAAUACAGCCUUCUUCAGCUUCUGUAAAGGCAUCUGCCUGCACAAGAGCUAGCUAGCACAGUUUAGAUUCCAGUGUUUGCACAGAGACGAGUUAUUUACAAGUACAAAAUCACUGAGGCCUCCCCAGUCACCAGUCACACAAACUGGAACCAAGAAACAACACUUCAGUGACGGGUACUUCAAUACACUUUUAGCACCCGGUCCUUCAGCCUGUCCUCACACCAGCCUUACUCCUGACACGCUGAGGGAGCCUUUAAGCUGAUGUGAAAGCAUCUUUGUUUCUGUGCUUUGGCAGACUGCUGCCACGAUGCUCAGCAUUCGAGCCCAGGACAAGUUUCAAUAUAUUUCUUAGUGCAAGACUUAGGUUAGGAUAUAUCUGUGCCCACGGUCUGACCCCUGCAACAAGUCAGAAUCGAAAGCUUGCUCCUCUCCAGCCUUGUCAGCUGUGUGGACACAGCCUGCUGUCACAUACAUGUGGGGGCUUUCUGUGCUGCUGCUUGCUGACCUCAAGAGAUGAUGUCGCAAGUGUGGGUUUUCUUCUCCUUUACCAACCAACGUGUCUUUCUAGAAGAACUUUAGCAGCUGUCUUUUCUAUAAGUCAGAUACGUAUUUCACUUAUAAGCUACUGAAAAUGUGCUUAGCAUUCGUGCUGUCACUUCUGAUCAAGAUGCCAUUCACUGCAGUUUGAUUUAACUGCAAAGGACAGAGGGGUGCUGCAGGUUACUGCCGGGGUCACAUACUUGAAGGGAACAUGGCAGCUGAACAACAGACGGCUGUCAUGUAAAACAAGGCCUUGAAAAGAAGCAUUGAACGUGAUGCCAUUUACCAGGAGGAGGAAGAUUCCCACAACAAAAGCACCCUGAGAACUGCUGUUAUGGGACAUCUGAGCAUCAGCUGGGAGGAGCUGCUGCAAUCCUCUGCGCAUCUGUUGCCCAUUUCCAGGCUCUGCCCCGCACAGCACGCAGCUCUCCCCAGCACCCGGCGCCAUGGCUGAAGGCCUUGGCCACGCACUGCAGGCAGGGCGCCCGGCCCACCUUCCACAGCAGCAGGGGAGCAGCUCUGGUCUGCAGCACCUGAGGCAGGUUCCUGUGGACGUGCAGAGCCUGCACAGCAAACAUCCCAAUGGCCACCUCUUCCAGCGCCACUCACAGGAGCAUCCGGAGUGACACAGGGAGCUCCCUGGAUCAGAAAAUCUCGUUCUGGCACAACCAGCCCUCAGACACAGAACCCAGUGGCGGAUUUUGGGUCGAUGCUGCUGGUGUGUGGCUGGCUGCCAGCCGUCGUUUUAAACAUCCUUCCUCCUGACCCUCCUGGCUCGGUGGGGUUUUGCCACGAGCUGAAUUCAGGAGGAAAGCACUCUGCUCUGAUUAACCUGCCUAUGCUGAAUGGCAAUCCCACCCUCUUGUUCCAAGCAUUUUCUUUUACAGUGCCCAUUUAACAUGUACAGUAUGUGCUGCUUCUCAAUCAUAUUAAAGGGGGGUUGAGACUGACACACCAAACAGUCAUUUCUUCUUGUUUUCCUCCUAUGUUUUUUACUCAGGCAAAGAAAAGUUGACCAGAGUAAGGAACACCUAUCAUACAGGCUCCUCUUCGUUUUCUGCAGUAACAAUGCACUCUUCAUGUAUACUUACAUAUGUAAAGCUGCUUUUCAUAGAAAAAUUUCAAUAUGUACAUGAAUGUACCCUGAAAUACGCUGCUUUCACUAAAUCUUUUUUUGCAUAACACACUCCCCUAACUUAUUCUAGCAGGGAAAACUGCCUCACCAAAACUUGUACCUGUAGCCUGUUUAACAGAAACCAUUUCCUUCCCAAAAAUGCAAAGUUUUCAGGUCUUUGCCAACUGGACGCAUUCUGAAUAGGGAAAUAAAGCAGCUGCCUUUGUAAGAAUGAGAAACCAAAGCAGCAUCUGGGGCAGCUGCCUCCUCAGCAGGGCAGCGCUGAGCUCUGAGCGGAUGAAGGCAGCCGCCAGAUGGAUCCCACGAUGUGAACCUGAGGCUUCUCCAAUGCAGACUGAGAACUGACUGUACGUUGCUACUCAAUGGAAAUAAAUUAUGACCAUUUUGAAAAUA